AUUAGUGUACUGUAUUAUGACAAUCAAAUUUUCUUUAUAGAUCGGGAUGCUGUGAUGUUGGCGUAUUUAUUGGAAUAUUAUUCUGAAAAUUUUAUGUCUCAUAUAGGUUGGAUGCUUAAUGUUACAAAAAUACUUCCAGACUUAUCAAAAUUAUCUAAUCAUGAUUAUUAUGUUUGCGAAAAUACAUUAAAAGUAUAUGUUCCAGUCACCGCGCUUAUAUCAACAAAUCUUUCAAAUAUUUUGCGAUAUAAAAAAGUGAGACAUGAAGAAUUACACAAUCUUUAUAUGGUUCCAAUUACAAACUUUACAACUCAUAAUCAUAAUUCAAAAGUCGAAGUAAAAUUCAAAAAAGAAAUUAUACAUUUAUUACGAAUGAUAUUAUUUCCACCUGGUUAUAAGUCCCUAGAAGAAACAUCUUUUAGUCCAUUUCUUCGAAUUAAAAAGAGCGAAAAAGCAUUUUUUAGCAUUCCGGCUAUGGAAGCAGUUAUAAAUUCAAGAUGGCCACAGGCAAUGACAUAUUUGAUGUUACCUUUAGGUUUAUACGUUGCUUUUUUAAUUCUAUUCGACACUAUUUCUUGGUUUUAUUUAAGUGAUGAUCUUCCUUUAUUUGCAUCCAUAUUGGUAAUGUUUUAUUAUAUUGGAACGUAUUUAUUAGCAAUUGAAAUUAGGCAAAUAAUAAAGUAUAGAACCAAAUACAUUACGAUAUUUAAUGUAUUUGAUAUAGGCAGUAUCAUUUUUGCUAUAAUUGUUGCUUCAAUGAUUCUAGCUAAUAACAUCAUUGAAAAUUAUAGUAUCAAUAUAGUAACAAUUAAUACUGAUGUAAUUGUUGGUCUAAUAUCAACGACUACAUUAAUUCUUUGAUUGAAAUGGUAUGCUUAAUAAUCUUUAUAAACUUUAAUUUUUUAAACAAUUUUAUAUUACUAACUAUUUUUUUAUUUCUUC